AGAAGAAUAAACUUCAGAUUUUUAGGUUAAUAUAAGGUUGUUCAAUACGUGCAUUUAUUUUGUUUUUAUUACAUAUAUUUAUAAUUUAAUGUUAAUAUGGAACUAGAAACAGAAAAUGCAGCUGCCGAAGAAAAUCCAUACGCUUAUCUAGAAAGAGACUUUUCCUCAGAAAAUUUCAAAAUUGAAAUAAAAAAUUUGCCGAAAUAUUAUGGAAUUAAUGAAUUUCGCAAGCUACUAAAUGAUAAACUGAAGCUAAAUUCAAAUAAAAUAAAAACUACCAAAAGAAACUGUCCCUUUGCAUAUGUUUGUUUCAGAAAUAAUGAGGAUAGAGAAAAUGCUAUUAAUGUACUUUCUAGUUAUGUUUGGAAAGGAAAAGAAUUAAAAGUUUUGAAAGCAAAACCUGCACCUGAUCCUUUAGUAAAGAAAAGAAAAGAAUGUUCAGAUCAACAGAUAUUAAAAAAAAUUAAGCCAGAAAGUGUCCGAAAAGAUGAGUUUGAAGGUACACAAGAAGAAAAGUUGAAGUUCAAAACAAUUCCUUAUUGGAAUAUAGAUUAUAAAGAUCAGUUAGAUCUUAAGCAGAAUUCCAUCAGAAAACUAUUGAAAAAAUUGGCCAAUGAUCUUGCUCAUCAUAACCCUGAACUACAAGAAUGGAUAGAAAAGCAGAAAAACCUACAUAAUGGUUUGGUAUGUGAACUCAGCGACAUUCGUUAUGCAGAAGAAACCACAGGUUAUAGGAACAAAUGCGAAUUUACCGUUGGAAUAGAUGAAGAAACAAAAUUACCCACAGUUGGUUUUAGAAUAGGUAGUUAUGUAAAUGGUACAAUAGGCGUUGCGCCAGUUGAUGAUCUUAUCCAUAUUUCUAAUCCAAUGAAAUCAGCUGUAAAGGUUUUUGAGAAUUUUGUAAGAUGUUCAAAGCUGAGUGUGUUUAAUCCGGAAUUCCAUACAGGGCAUUUUAGGCAGUUAAUGGUGAGAUCAGCCCCCAAUCAAUUAAUGUUGGUUGUGGGAAUACAUCCACAAAAUUUGACCGAUGAAGAGCUGGAUGAGUUCAAAAAGAAUCUGAUCGAUUUUUUUAGUGUGGGAGAUGGAAAAGAGGCAAAUGUGACUUCAUUGUAUUACCAAAAAAUAGUUAAAAAAAAUCAAAACGAUGAUGUAACACAGUCAGAACAUCUAUGGGGCGUUACUCACAUUUAUGAAAAUAUUUUAGGUUUAAAAUUCAAAAUAUCACCAGAGGCGUUUUUUCAAGUUAAUUCCAAAGGUGCCGAAGUGUUAUAUCAAACAGCCAUGGAAUUAUCGCAACCAUUAGAAAACUCUACGGUUCUAGACGUUUGUUGUGGUACCGGUACCAUAGGACUCUGUUUUUCAAAGAAAUGUAAACAAGUUUUGGGUAUAGAAAUCAUAUCCCAAGCAGUAGAUGAUGCCAAAGAAAAUGCAGCCAUCAAUAACGUUGAAAAUGCAGAGUUUUUUGUUGGAAAAGCCGAAGAUAUAUUGGGAACCGUUUGUUAUAAGUCCCAAGAGAAUAAUGUGAUUGCCGUCGUAGAUCCGCCAAGAGCAGGUUUGCAUAAACAAGCAGUGCUACAAAUUCGAAAAAUUCCAAAAAUAAAUAAAAUGGUUUAUGUAUCCUGUAAUCCGAUGGCAGCUCGUGAGAAUUUUAUAGAUUUUGGUAAAUCUGAAUCCAAAAAGGUUCACGGAGAUCCAUUAAUACCUACAAAAGCAGUAGCAGUAGAUAUGUUUCCAUAUACUAAGCAUUGUGAACUUGUUAUCUGUUUUGAGCGGUGGAGUGGCAUCAAAGAACAAUUUAAAAAAGUUACAACUUUGGAAAAAACUUUAAAAGAGGAACCACCAUGUGAUGAUGUUAAAAACGAAAUUGAAAAUAUAAAAUGUGAAAACGAAAUGACAGCUUGUAAAUAAAAAUAACAUAGACUGUUAAUAAAAAUAAUUUUAGAUAUUGUUUAA